AUGCCGGUGGCUGCUUCCGCUAUCUACUUUCUAAAUCUCCGCGGCGAUGUACUCAUCAAUCGCACAUACCGAGACGACGUCGGGGGGAAUAUGGUGGAUGCAUUUCGUACGCAUAUAAUGCAGACUAAGGAGUUAGGGAAUUGUCCUGUGCGUCAGAUUGGUGGCUGCUCCUUUGUGUAUAUGAGAAUCAGCAAUGUCUACAUCGUCAUUGUUGUCAGUAGCAAUGCUAAUGUUGCUUGUGGAUUCAAAUUCGUCGUUGAGGCUGUUGCUUUGUUCAAAUCAUACUUUGGUGGAGCUUUCGAUGAAGACGCUAUUAGAAACAACUUUGUUCUCAUUUAUGAAUUGUUGGACGAGAUCAUGGACUUUGGCUAUCCACAAAACCUCUCUCCUGAAAUUUUGAAACUUUAUAUCACUCAGGAAGGUGUAAGAUCACCGUUUUCAUCAAAGCCAAAAGACAAGCCUGUUCCAAAUGCAACAUUACAAGUUACGGGUGCUGUUGGUUGGAGAAGAGAGGGUCUUUCUUAUAAAAAGAAUGAGGUGUUUCUGGAUAUUGUGGAAAGCGUGAACCUUCUGAUGUCCUCUAAAGGCAAUGUUCUUCGGUGUGAUGUGACGGGGAAAGUUCUAAUGAAAUGUUUCCUCUCGGGAAUGCCUGAUUUGAAGUUGGGGUUGAAUGACAAAAUUGGUCUUGAGAAGGAAUCGGAAAUGAAAUCUCGCCCAGCUAAGAGCGGUAAAACCAUUGAGCUUGACGAUGUCACAUUUCACCAGUGUGUGAACCUCACGAGAUUCAACUCCGAGAAGACUGUAAGCUUUGUACCACCGGACGGUGAAUUUGAGCUGAUGAAGUAUCGAAUCACAGAGGGCGUGAAUCUACCUUUCCGCGUAUUACCAACAAUCAAAGAACUUGGUCGUACACGCAUGGAAGUUAAUGUCAAGGUCAAAAGUGUGUUCGGUGCUAAAAUGUUUGCCCUUGGGGUUGUGGUUAAAAUUCCAGUGCCAAAACAAACCGCAAAGACAAAUUUCCAAGUGACAAGUGGUCGCGCUAAGUACAAUCCAUCCAUCGAUUGCUUGGUUUGGAAGAUAAGAAAAUUUCCAGGACAAACAGAGUCAACACUAAGUGCAGAAAUCGAGUUGAUCUCAACAAUGGGAGAGAAGAAAUCUUGGACGAGACCACCAAUCCAAAUGGAAUUUCAGGUACCAAUGUUUACAGCAUCUGGUUUGCGAGUUCGCUUUCUCAAGGUAUGGGAGAAGAGCGGGUACAACACGGUCGAGUGGGUUCGAUACAUAACCAAAGCCGGUUCUUAUGAGAUCAGAUGCUGA